AUGUCUACUUCAGAACAAGUUACUGAUAAGACUGAAGGUAAUUCAACCUCAGAUGAUGAAUUUUCUAUUUCAUCUCUAAUAAAUGCUAAUAAUUCAGAAGAAGAAACAAACUACAUCAACCAUGUUCUUAAACACCCGUUAGAUAUAUUGUCAUAUUUAAAAUUGAUUCAAUAUUACGAUAAUAAUGAUUCAUUUGAUAAAAGUAGAUCAAUAUUUAAGAUUCUAAAUAAGAAUUAUCCUUUAUAUUCGACUUUAUGGACACUUCAAUUGAAAAGUGAAUUAUUAAGAGAUGAAUUCAAAAUCGUAGAGGUUAUCCUAUCGAAUUGUUUGUCCGGUGAAUACCCAAAUAAUGAUCUCUCUCUUUGGAUGACAUAUUUAGAUUAUGUGCGUAGAAAAAAUAAUUUGAUUACUGGUGGUCAGGAGGCAAGAUCUAUAGUCAUCAAAGCUUUCGAAUUGGUGCUGAAUUCUUGUGCCAUUUUUGAACCGAUAUCCAAUCAGUUUUGGACAGAUUAUUUGAAUUUUUUAAUUCAUUGGAAAGCUGUUAAUAAAUGGGAAAAUCAACAAAGAAUUGAUAUGAUUAGAAAAAUUUAUAAAAAAUUAUUAUCCCUUCCAAUUGAUAACUUAGAAAAGUUUUGGAAUCAAUAUACACAAUGGGAACAAGAAAUUAAUAAUUUGACUGCAAGAAAGUUUAUUGGAGAAAUAUCUGCGGAUUAUAUGAAAGCUAGAUCAAUUUUUUUAGAAUGGUCAAAUGUUACAAAAGGUUUAAAAAGAUCAAAUCCAUUAAAAAUUUCUUUGGCAAAUAAAAAUAAUAUUCCACAAUUCUACAACUCUACCGAUGAAAAUGAUAAGGAUAAACAAGAUAAUAUCGAACAAUUACAAAUUUGGUUGGAUUGGUUAACUUGGGAGAAGCAAAACAAACUAGAACUAUCAGAUGACCUAUUGAAAAAAAGAAUAACAUAUGUUUAUAAUCAAGCCAUUCAGUUUAUGAUAUUUAGUCCUCAGAUUUGGUACGACUAUGUAAUGUUUAAGAGCAAUAGUGACCUCUCUAUUAAAUCAAAUGAUAUAUCAGCAGUCAAUACCGCAGGGGCUACAACAACAUUAUCAAAUUCUUCAGGCAAUGAUAUUGAUCUUGAUCCAAUUAGUGCACAGAAAAUUUUAAAUUUAUCAAUUCAGGCAAAUCCCACAUCUCCUUUAUUAAUUUUUAAACUAGCUGAAUCAUUUGAACUUAAUAAUAAUAUAGAUGAUUUGAAAAAAGCUUUUGAUAACUCAAUUGAAUAUAUUUUAAAAGAUUUAAAACCCAAAAUACAAGAAGCAAAGGACAAUAACACAUAUUUACCUUUGCCACUAGAUAUUGCAAGAACAUCUUCCACAAUUGAUCCAAUUUAUAAACAAAGAUAUCUAUUAACUUACAUUUAUUGUAUGUAUAUGAAUACCAUGAAAAGAAAUUUAGGGUUGUCAGCUGCAAGAUCUGUUUUCGGUAAAUGCCGUAAGUUAAAAUCUAUUUUAACUCAUCAUAUUUAUAUUGAAAAUGCUUAUUUAGAAUUUAAUAAUCAAUUAGAUUAUAAAACUCCUUGUAAAGUGUUGGAAUUAGGGUUGAAAUAUUUCCAAGAAGAUGGUAUUUAUAUUAAUAAAUACUUAGAUUUCUUAAUUUCAAUUAAUAGAAACUCUCAAAUAAAAACUCUAUUUGAAAUGUCUAUUGAUAAGAUUAAUAAUAAAGAUCAAUUAGAUUUAAUUUUCAAAAAAAUGAUAUGUUAUGAAUCAAAAUUCGGUAAUUUAGAUAAUGUUUACUCAUUACAAAAAAGAUUUUUUGAAAAAUUUCCCAAUGAAAACUAUAUUGAUAUUUUUACAAUCAGAUAUCAAUUACAAAAUGAAAACUUAAUCAAAGAUUUAGAAUUAACAUAUUUGCCAAAGGAUUUUUUUCCAUUUUCCAAUUUACAAUCAUAUUCACAAUUUAAUAAUACAUCUAACAUUAAUAUAUUUGGUAAAAAGAAAAGAUCUUUUGACUCCGCUUCAUUGAAUAAUGAACAAAAUAAAAAAAAGUCUCACAUUAAAAAGUUCAAGUCACAUCCAAAUAUUCCUGAUGAUAUCUUAGAUUUAUUGGCUAUUCUACCGAAAAGACAAUACUUCAAUAAUGCAAUACUUGAUCCAAAGAAAUUAAUUAGCUUUUUGGAAGAUCAAGUUGUGAUUCCUGAAAAAAAUAGUUCAGAGGUGGACAAUCAUAACUCCACAAUUAAUAAUUAG